AUGUCUGCAGACAAGAAGAUCAACGUGGGUGUGAUCGGCUAUGGCUUGAGUGCAAAAGUCUUCCACAUCCCAUUCGUUCAGGCUCUCCCAGACUACAACCUGUAUGCUGUUGUGCAACGUAGUCCAAAGUCAGGCGACGAUGCCUCAGCCGACCAUCCAGAAAUCAAGCUGUUUCGCAAUGCCGACGACAUGUUCGCUGACAAGGCCGUCGAUCUGAUCAUUGUCACCAGUAUCCCGGAAACACACUACGAAUUUACGAAGAAGGCAAUCGAGAGCAACAAGCACGUUGUUGUCGAAAAACCAUUCGUCCCAACAUCUCAGGAGGCCAGAGAAUUGACCAAGCUGGCCAAGGAUAGGAACCGCUUGCUAGCAGUCUACCAAAAUAGACGAUGGGACCAAGACUUUGUUACCCUGAAGCAAGUACUCGCAUCCGGCAGACUGGGCGAGAUUGCUGAAUUCGAGACACACUUCGACCGCUUCCGUCCAGAUCUUCCCAGUCGUACCACAUGGAAAACUCUAGCUACUCCGGCUAGUGGCGCGCUCUACGACCUGGGAAGCCAUUUGCUCGAUCAGGUAUACCAUCUUUUCGGUGCGCCAAAAUCCGUCACAGGCUUCGUCCAAGUGCAACGAAAAGGACUUAAGACCGGUGAUUGUGCGCCAGAUGCAUGCACGGUACUGCUCAAAUAUGGAACUCCCGAGGAUGAGAUGCUCGUCACCGUCAAAAGCUCUGCCAUCAGCCCAGAACAAGACCAGCUGAGAUUCUGGGUCCGCGGAACUAAAGGCUCGUUCAAGAAAUAUAACUUGGACGUUCAAGAGCCUCAGCUUCUCGCCGGUGUCAAACUGAGUAGUUCUAACUUUGGUGUUGAGGCGUCAUCUUCUCACGGCACACUCAUCAUGGCUGCUGCCGAUGGAAAGCUCAACCGUGAGACCGUUCACUCCAUCGAGCCUCCACCUACCUACGUCGAGUAUUACCGCAUCCUCGCAAAGGCAUUGAAGGGUGAGGGCGAGGUACCUGUUAGUGGAGAUGAUGCUGCUGAUGUUCUAAAAAUCAUCGAGCUCGCUCAAGUCUCGUCGGACAGUGGAAGCUCGCAAUCAUGGUGA